CGAGCUGCUGUAGGCUGCUCUCAGGAAACAAUGACGCACAUGGGGGCAGGGUCUCUCACAUAGUACUGAACUGGGAAAAGUUCUUGACUGACGCUCAUCUGAAGACAUUUUCUCUCUAAUCUUCUGCUUGACAGGGACAGUAGAAUGAGAUUUUUCCACAGAAUAAUUUUGGCACUGGCAAUAAUAUGCCUUUUUGGGGACAGAGGACUGGGAGUCCCAUUCAAAGGCAGGUAUAUGCGGGUGAAAUGCAAGCCGGAUGAUAAGUACGCAAACUGUGUCAAAGAAAUGGGCCCCUUGGUGCCACUAUCAGGGCAAAGCUCUCGACUUCCGCCUUCUGCUGCAAAACACAUAUUCCCAGUUAGCACAGAGGAAGCCACUCCUGAGAUGGAGGAGCAGUCAGGAGAGGGUUCAGGUAACUCAGACCCCUUCGCUCCUUUUAUCAGUAUGCAUCAGAAGUUGACAAGAAAAAUAAGAAGUCCAGAGCAAGAAGUCAACAAGAAUGAAGAAGAGGGGUCCACUGAGUUCAGUGGAGACAUUGAUUACUCUGAAUAUAUUACACCUCAGAAAGUAGAUUGGCUUUCUAAAGAGGAUUUGAAAGAGGAAAACAUUAUUGCAUAAAGGGCUACAUUAUAUCUCAUGGGCUUUUUUUUUCUUUUCCUUUUCUUUUUCUUUUUUUGUACAAUGUGAACCACACGGGAUGCUGCUUUUUUGGUCACAGAUAUAAUUGAUAUAUUCUUAAACAGUGACAUGCUCUGCAAAAGUUUAUUGUAUUCCAGUUUGCAUUGUAAGGAUCUACUUUUUCUUUGCUCUUCAACUUUGAAACUUUUAUAUUAUUAUUAUUUUAUUUACUCUUUAUGUCCACAGUGUGACCUAUGAUCUGUAUUAAAACAAUAAUUUAAAUCCAUUUGGAAUGGAAAUAUUACUAAAUUCAGCAGGGGCAACUUAAAUAAAGUGUUUGGAUAGCAAGACGUACAUUUUGUAAAAAUAUUUUUUGCCAUAUUGUAUUUGUAAUAUAUUCUGAACUUUCAAAAAUAAAGAAACAACUUUUGAACUAUAAA